GAUGCUGCCUGACCUGCUGCACUUUUCCAGCAACACAUUUUCAGCUUUGAAAAUAAAUAGCUUGUUUCGAGGCUAAAUGCCAUAAUUGUAUUUGCUGCAAGUCUGAACCAAUAAUUUAGUUUGUAUCAUGGUUGAUCUUAGUGGAAGUAAGUUUUAUUUUUAUUCAUUCAUGGUGUUUGGACUUUGCUGGCUGGGCCAUUGUCCUUAGCGCUGGUGAACUUUCUUCUUGAACCACUACAGUGCUAUUAGAGUAGGACUUCUAGGAUUUUGACCCAGUGACUUUUAAAGAACUGUCAUGCUGUGAACAAAUGGGAGUUCAUUGAGUAAAUUCUCAAAGCUGAUGUUACAUUCCAGCUACUCGUUGCAUCCUCUUGAAGUUUUGCACUUGUAAAUUCGAAAUGCACUUUAAAGUUGAAGCCUAAUCCCCUGAUAAAUCAAACAAUCAGCACAUUUGUCAAGUGGUAUGCAAGGUCCGUGAUGAACCUGUUUUGAUUGUUUCCUGUGCCACUUGCACACUGACAAUAAAUUAUUUUGUAACAUUUGUGAGCCAUUGUUCAGUGUUCUUUUUGAGUUCUUGUUAUUUGUGCCUUGUUCCUAUACAAAACUGAUGUUUGAAAUGACUGCUGUUAUUUUUUUCUUGAAUUUGAUUUCCUGUGUUUUGUUACAUGUUAAUGUUAUAGUAAUUAUUAAAAAUGUGUUCAUGGGUUGUGAGCGUCACUGGCGAGGCCAUUAUUUUAUUGCCCAUCCCUAAUUGUCCUGGAGAAGCUGGUGGUGAGCUGUCUUCCUGAACUGCUGCAGUGUGUGUGUGUGCAUAUGUUGGGGAAGUUAAUGAUGUGGGUGGAGCUGUUCGGACACUCACAUUAAUGUUGUUUGUUAAUGUAAGGGGGAGGCAAUGGCCAAGUAGUCUAAUCGCUGGACUAUUUAUCCAGGGACCCAGAUAACAUUCUGAAAACCUGAGUUCAAAUCCCGCCUUGGCAGAUGGUGGAAUUUGAAUUCAAUAAAUAUCUGGAAUGAAGUAUUUAACGAUGACCAUGAAUCCAUGUCAGUUGUUGGAAAAGCCCAUCACUAAUGUUGUUUAGGAAAGGAAACAUACCAUCCUUCCUUGGCCUGGCCUACAUGUGACUCCAGACCAACAGCAAUGUGGUUGACUCUUAACUGCCCUCUCGGCAAUUAGGGAUGGGCAAUAAAUGAGGGUGAGGCCAGCAACACCCUCAUCCCGUGAAAUGAGUAAAGGGAUAAAAAGGGCAAGGGAUGCACGUUAAGGGAAGAAAUCUGUGAAUUUCUGAUAAAAGUUUGGAUGUUAUAAUUUCCAGGUCUUGCAUUUGUGGUUCUUUUUAAGCAUUCUAUGUUUUAAUGGCAUGAUAAGUUAUUGCAUGACUGACUUUUUAGGUGAUUUAUGAAAAUGAUAGCAAGCACUUUCACACAGUGAAAUUGCACACUAAGUCAUUGGAAAAUAAAGUGUGAGCCGAGACAGUGAAUAUUGCCAACUGACUUGACCACAGAAGUGAAGGUAAAGAACCACAGCUAAGCACAAUGCUCUUGCCAAACACCCAGGCCUGCAUUUGCAGAUGCGAUUGUCGUAAUGUGAUCAGCAAUAGGAGCUUUUUCUUAACCUAAUUUGACGUUGAAUCUAGUUGUAUCACUGUCAUCACCACUUCAUUAAUAUCUGCAUGCAGUGUAUUUAACUGCAGUCAUUGGGACUGUUGUUCGUGACUUUUUAACAUGCUCCAUGUAAUAUUACAGAGGAAUAAUUGUACAAAUAUUUCUGCAGGCUUUUUCACACACAGUUUUCAAUCAUAAUAUAGCUGGGAGCUUUGUGAAUCUAAUAGAUGUGCCCUUUUGUGGAGGAGGAGAAUGUGUGCUCUCCAAGAUUCUAUAAUAUUGAUACUUUUAAGUGGGAUAUUCUGGGUACGUUUUCAAAAAAGAAAGAAGGUAAUGGAUUUUAGGUGUAGGGGAGUCGUAUCUUUCCGAAAAGAUAGUUUUGAAUGUUCUGUUUAUGAUAGGCAAUCCUGUUCUCAUUCAUUUUCCGCACAUCUGUUUAAACAUGAAUUUUCAGUAUUAAGACUAAGUUAUUCAAUAUUUGUGGCAUUGCAACCAAAUCUGAUGUCUUUACGCAUUAAGCAUGUGUGCUGAUCUGUACGGGUUAAUGAUUAGUCGAGCUGCUAAAAUUAGAAACCGUGACAUUGGAGAUAAGAAAGCAAAAAAUUGAUGAGGUGCUGGCUUCUGAUCCCUAUAGAGAUGACUUCAAGAAGUAAAGCUGAGAUGACCCAUGCAGGCAUCAUCAGGAAUGAGGCCUGUAGAGAGAGGAGGAGAACCUCUUCUAGGUCGGCUGUAGAGAGAAGAGGAGACUCACUUUUGUCUGGGAUGUCCAUUACCCUUGGGCUCCCAGGUGGGCAAUGGCCACUUUGGUAAUGUACUGAAGAUCAACAACUGCAGUUGCAACCCAAACCAGAGAGUCAGCUUCUAUAUAGGCAAUAAGGAGCUGUUAAUACUGACCUGGCAAUUCUCUAUCAGCCACACCCUCUUAAUAUGAAAACCUGUGCAUGAUGUACAAUUCCUGACCAAUUAGCGUGCCACAUUCAAAUUACUGUCUCCUUUUACUCCCUUUCUUGUUGGUCUCUACUUUUUAAGGUUCUUGAUACUGAGAAGUAAUUUGUGACCUGUUAUUUUGUAGCCUUCUGGCACAAUGGUAGGGAAUGAUGACAAGCCUUUGCAAUCAAAUCUGUUCUAGAAUUAAAAUAACGCCCAGUCCCAGCACAAUAUCUUGUCUGUUUCCCAUCAGGGUUACAGUGGUACACAGUGGCUUGUUUAAUUCAUUUCCUCUCCCUCUUAUACCAGCUGGAGAAUUUGAAUUUUUGUUUUAGUAAUAUUUUGAAAAAGGUAAAUUAUAAAGAUGAAUAAUUUGAGAGAAAUCCUAGAUUAACUUUCAGCACCAGUAAAUGUUAAUAUUUAAAUGUAGUGAAGCAGGAAAGGGGGUGUCUUUUAUUCACAGAGACUCAGUCUUGAAUUGAAGUGGUAUUUUUCAGGGUCAUUCACUUGCGUAGUACCAGCUGAGCCUAUCCUCUGGGACGUGACGUAAUCACCAGGCAGGGCUCUUGUGGUCUGCUACGAGGCUGAACAGCUUGUGAAAUCCUGUCUUUGUCAUCACAGUGAAGCUCUGAAAGGGUUACGCAAACUUGAUGGUUGGGAACCAGCAAGAGAGCAAUGAUAAUUCGGCAUUUUCUGCAGCACAUAAUCCUGCUCUUGUCAUCUGAUGGGUACAAAGCUAAAUUUAUCAUGUCCUUGCAAACAGCCUGUUCCCUUGUGCUCAUUUGGAUGAUGGGAAUGUUGUUUUAGGGCUAUGUAUAAAAGACUUCAUUCACCUAGUAAUGUUGUGUUCGCUUCUCGCGUCACGAUUGUGACCUUGUUUCCUGUGUGUUUUAUGGAGGAGGGGUUAUCAUGUACUUCAAUAUUUUACAAGUAAAUUGUUCCAUUUUAUUAGUGAGAAGGCUGCAGUCCACACAUCCUCCUUGUGUGUACCUGGCAUCUAUAUAAGCAGAAAAUAUUCCCAACACAUAUUACAUGAUUGAGGGGAUUUUCAGAUGGAUUGGGAUUUUGUGUAUGUGAAAUUUGCCAGGGUGUGGAUCCCUGAUACAGAGGAUGUCUGGAAAUCCGCGGAGCUUCUGAAAGACUACAAGCCAGGAGACACAGUGCUUCAUCUGAAAUUCGAGGAUGAGCAGGAAACUCAAUAUAACAUCGAUCCACAAACGAAGGAGCUUCCACCCCUGCGAAACCCUGACAUCCUUGUGGGUGAAAAUGACCUCACAGCACUCAGUUAUCUCCAUGAGCCAGCUGUGCUGCACAACCUUAAAGUACGCUUCAUGGAUUCGAAGCUCAUCUAUACUUACUGCGGUAUUGUUUUGGUAGCCAUCAAUCCUUAUGAACAGUUACCUAUCUAUGGAGAAGAUAUCAUCAAUGCCUAUAGUGGGCAGAACAUGGGAGACAUGGAUCCUCAUAUCUUUGCUGUGGCUGAGGAGGCAUACAAGCAAAUGGCGAGAGAUGAACGGAAUCAAUCAAUCAUUGUUAGCGGAGAGUCUGGAGCAGGGAAGACUGUCUCAGCUAAAUAUGCCAUGCGAUACUUUGCGACAGUCAGCGGUUCUGCCAGUGAGACUAAUGUAGAAGAGAAGGUCCUGGCUUCAAACCCCAUCAUGGAGUCAAUUGGAAACGCAAAGACGACCAGGAAUGAUAACAGUAGUCGAUUUGGGAAAUACAUUGAAAUUGGAUUUGACAAAAGGUAUCGUAUCAUAGGAGCUAACAUGAGAACCUACCUGCUGGAAAAGUCGAGAGUUGUGUUUCAGGCUGAGGACGAAAGAAAUUAUCAUAUUCUGUACCAGCUGUGUGCCUCUAAACAUUUACCAGAAUUCAAAGCUCUCAGGCUGAGCAAUGCUGAAAACUUCCACUACACAAAUUUGGGAGGUAAUCCGAUGAUUGAGGGAAUAGAUGACGCCAAAGAAAUGAUGAAUACCAGGCAGGCUUGCUCUUUACUAGGUAUUAAUGACUCCUACCAAAUGGGAGUCUUCCAUAUUCUUGGAGCAAUUCUUCACUUGGGAAACGUGACAAUUAAAUCGAACGAGCGUGAUGCUGACAACUGUUUUAUCCCGCCAAACACUGAACACCUGAUCAUCUUCUGUGAGCUGCUGGGCGUGGACUAUGAGCAGAUGUCUCACUGGCUGUGUCACAGGAAGAUUGUCACUGGCUCAGAGACCUACAUCAAGCCCAUGCCCAAAUUCCAAGCCAUCAAUGCCAGAGAUGCUCUGGCAAAACAUAUCUAUGCCAGUCUCUUCAACUGGAUUGUACUCCAUGUCAACCAGGCUCUGCAAGCUUCAGUAAAGCAACAUUCAUUUAUCGGUGUGCUGGAUAUAUACGGAUUUGAGACUUUUGAAAUAAACAGUUUUGAACAAUUCUGCAUCAAUUAUGCUAACGAAAAAUUACAGCAGCAGUUUAACAUGCAUGUCUUCAAGCUAGAGCAGGAAGAGUACAUGAAGGAGCAGAUUCCAUGGACACUCAUAGAUUUUUAUGACAAUCAGCCUUGUAUCAACCUAAUUGAAGCUAAACUUGGCAUCCUGGACCUAUUAGAUGAAGAGUGUAAGAUGCCCAAAGGAUCUGAUGACACGUGGGCUCAGAAGCUUUAUAACACUCACUUAAACAAGAGUGCGCUGUUUUAUAAACCACGCUUAUCAAACAAGGCCUUCAUCAUCCAGCACUUUGCUGACAAGGUUGAGUACCAGUGUGAGGGCUUCUUAGAAAAGAAGAGCAGCCAUUACUCGUUCCCUGCCCCCCCCCCUCCCCCCCACUGCAAAGAUUUAACCUCCGUUGUCAGGGUGAUAGCUGCAGGAAGAUUUUGGAUAACAGUGGGCCCUUUGUUGUGUUCCAGCUAUGCUCAGUUCCUCCGCAGGACCAGAGCAGCAAUCAUCAUCCAGAAAUACCAGCGAAUGUAUGCAGCUCAGCAAAAGUUCCUGCGGAUCCGAUCAGCGACCAUUAUUAUCCAGUCAUUUGUGCGAGGCUUUCAUGGAAGGCGACAAUACAAGGCGAUCCUCCGGGAACAGAAAGCUACCAUCCUUCAGAAGCACGUACGUGGCUGGAUGGCGAAACUCAAAUACAGGAGGAUCCAGCACGCCAUCGUCUACCUACAGUGUUGCUACCGCCGCAUGAUGGCAAAGCGGGAGCUUAAGAAACUGAAGAUUGAAGCAAGAUCAGUAGAGCACUACAAGACCCUCAACAUUGGCAUGGAGAACAAGAUUGUGCAGCUACAGUGCAAAGUCAACAACCAGACAAAAGAGAUUAAAUCGCUGCUGGAGAAGUUGAGCAAUUUGGAGGUCAUUUAUACCAACGCUACGGAGAAGUUGCGGACAGAGGUCGAUCGGCUGCGUGUAAACGAAGAAAAUGCCAAAGUGUCCUCCAACAAGAUAACCAGCCUGUUGGAGGAGAUCGCAAUUCUACGGAAGGAACUCAAGGAAACGCAGGCUCAGAAAAAACACCUUGAGGAAGGAGCAAUGAAAUAUAAAGAGGAAACAGAACUGAUGGUGUCUCAGCUUAAGGAGCAGAACAGUUUACUGAAGAAAGAGAAAGAGGAUCUGAAUCUUCAAAUUCAGGAACAGGCCAAAGAGAUAACAGAGUCAAUGGAGAAGAGAAUGGAGGAAGAGACCAAACAGCUUCAGAUUGACCUCAAUGAUGAGAGGUCCAGGUACCAGUCUCUUCUUAAUGAGUUCUGCCGAUUAGAGGAACGUUACGAUAACUUGAAAGAAGAAAUAUCUUUGGUUAAUGUGUUGAAGCCUGGUCACAGAAGGACAGAUUCCACGCACAGUAGUAAUGAGUCUGAGUACACCUACAACUCCCUGCUUUCCUCUGAGCCGGGGGAAGCUGAGGAUGGGACACGAAGACCAGAGGAGUUUCCAGAACAGAGAGGUGCUCUGGAUAUGUCCCUGUUCCUGAAACUUCAGAAGCGUGUGACUGAGCUGGAACAGGAGAAGCAAGCCUUACAGGAAGAACUCGAUCGGAAAGAGGAACAAGCAUUACGAAGCAAAGCAAAGGAAGCGGAAGAUCAGCAAGUUAAAGCUAGGGGAGCUGAGCUGGAGUAUGAAUCCCUCAAGAGGCAAGAACUAGAGUCUGAGAAUAAGAAGCUAAAGAAUGAACUCAAUGAACUGCACAGAGCCCUGAACGAGAAGGCUUCCCCACAUGUGACAGCCCCUGGUUCUCCUGCUUACAAAGUUCUACUUGACCAGUUGACUGCAUCAAGUGAAGAGCUGGAGGUUCGUAAAGAGGAAGUUCUCAUUCUGCGGUCCCAGUUGGUCAGUCAAAAGGAAGCAAUGGCACAUAAGGAAAGUAAGGAGACGAUGACAGACCCGAUGGUCCUCUUGGAGGAUGUACGUAAGAUGAAGGAUCAAGGUGAAAUAACCCAAGCAUACUUGGGACUUAAAGAAACCAACAGAUUGCUGGAAUCUCAGCUUCAGGGUCAGAAAAAGAACUAUGAGAAUGAGCUGGAGAUCUUACGCGGGGAGGUGCAGAAUUUGAAAGAGGAGAUCAAUCGUCAGCAGCAGUUAUUGGCCCAGAACUUGCAACUGCCCCCAGAGGCCCGCAUUGAGGCCAGUCUGCAACACGAGAUAACUAGGUUAACCAAUGAAAAUCUUUAUUAUGAGGAGUUAUAUGCAGAUGACCCCAUGAAGUAUCAGUUCUACAGGAUUUCGCUUUACAAACGGAUCAUUGAUCUUAUGGAACAACUUGAAAAACAGGACAAGAUUGUCCGGAAGUUGAAAAAGCAGCUUAAAGUAUUUGCAAAGAAAAUUGGAGAACUAGAAGUGGGUCAGACAGAGAACGUAUCUCCAGCUCAGCUGGCAGAUGAACCCAUCCGGCCUGUGAAUAUUCCAAGGAAAGAAAAGGAUUUCCAGGGAAUGUUGGAGUACAAGAAGGAUGAUGAGCUUAAGCUUAUCAAGAAUCUUAUCUUAGAGCUAAAGCCUCGUGGUGUGGCUGUUAACCUGAUCCCUGGAUUGCCAGCGUACAUCCUGUUUAUGUGUGUACGUCAUGCUGAUUAUAUUAAUGAUGACCAGAGAGUCCGGUCCCUACUGACAUCAACUAUUAAUGGCAUCAAGAAAAUCUUGAAGAAAAGAAGCGAUGACUUUGAAAUUGUGUCAUUCUGGUUGUCCAACACUUGUCGUUUCUUGCAUUGUCUUAAGCAGUACAGUGGGGAAGAGGCAUUUAUGAAGCACAACACUCCUCGACAGAAUGAUCAUUGCUUGAGAAACUUUGACCUUGCUGAGUACAGGCAGGUCAUAAGUGACCUGGCAAUUCAGAUAUACCAACAGCUGACCAAGGUCAUGGAAAAUAUCUUGCAGCCAAUGAUCGUUUCAGGUAUGUUGGAACAUGAAACUAUUCAGGGAGUAUCUGGCCUAAAGCCCACGGGUCUACGGAAGAGGACUUCCAGUGUUGCAGAUGAAGGUACCUACACUCUAGAUUCCAUUGUCCGACAACUGAAUAAUUUCCAUUCCACAAUGUGUCAGCAUGGCAUGGAUCCAGAGCUCAUCAAACAGAUCGUCAGGCAGAUGUUCUACAUCAUCGGUUCCGUCACCCUCAACAACUUGCUUCUUCGCAAGGACAUGUGUUCAUGGAGCAAAGGAAUGCAGAUCAGGUACAAUGUCAGCCAACUCGAAGAGUGGCUGCGGGACAAGAACCUGCAGAAUAGUGGGGCGAAAGAAACUCUUGAACCUUUAAUUCAGGCUGCACAGCUCCUGCAGGUGAAAAAGAAGACUGAUGAGGAUGCAGAGGCCAUUUGCUCCAUGUGUAAUAAUCUUACCACUGCUCAGAUUGUGAAAGUCCUAAAUCUGUACACUCCUGUUAAUGAGUUUGAAGAACGUGUCACUGCCUCAUUCAUACGCACUAUUCAGGUUCGUUUACAAAAUCGAAAAGACUCUCCUCAGCUUCUAAUGGAUGCAAAAUUCAUAUUUCCAGUUACAUUCCCAUUCAACCCAUCUUCUUUAGCAUUGGAGAGCAUUCAGAUUCCAAGCAGCAUGAACCUUGGAUUCCUGUUGCGUGUCUGAGGAACACUGAAGAUAUCAAUUCUACAUUGGUCCGAGAAUUGUCAUCCCCAUUCACUACACACAGCUAGAGCGAUGAUAAAAUAUUUGCAUUAUAAAGGAAUGUGUGCUGAAAGUGCAGAAUGCCAAACACUUUCAUGCAGCACCUGGUGAUGACUGCUAUGCUGCAGUUUUGAUGAAUAUACUUUGAGUUUAACAACUGUAAAUUAAGGUUGUGUCAUACUUUAAUUAUUAGGAGUUUGAAGUAAGGGGAAGUACAACUGCCAUAUAUAGCACCAUUUGUCUAAUAGCUAUUAUUUAAGUCAAUAUAUGAUGUAGAAUGAUGUAGAAUACAAAGGUCUGUUAGAAUAUAAUCUAGAGAUUACGUUGUUAGUUUUGGUGUUUUGCUUAGCACAUUAUUAUAGUUAUUGUGUUCAGUGUCCUCCGACAAUGCUGAACUAUAACAUUUAGCACUGCACCGUAUAGUGUUGAGUUGUAAUUCACUAAACAAUAUUUCAUGUCAACUUUACACCUUUUUCAAAGUCGUUUUAAACUUAAUUUAUGCAAGUAAUAAUCACUAUUUUAAGUUCCAAAUUUCACUUAAAGCACAAAAGCACACAAAAGGGCAAAAUAUUAAAUUCUCAGAUAAAUCAUAAAGGCAUUUGGCAACAGGAAAACAAAUUAUAGGUUGAACAAUAGAUUUUUUUUCAGUACGUGAAUUCAUAGCUUCUUUCCCUUUUAAAUGCGCCUUAAUGGAAUUUCUUCCGACUUUGCAAUACAGGAAUUGCUCAAUUAUUUUAUUUGUUUGUAAUUGUGAAUGUUAUGUUUAAAGGGGACAACCACAGAAGUUGAGUUAGAAGUUUUUUUUCCCCAGUAUUUGCAAUACAGUGUUUAAUGACCUCAGGGGUCAGACAUCAUGCAGGCUGCUGUGACUAUGAUGCAGGCAUCACCCUGAGAGGGCAGUCUCGAUCUCAACCGUGCCACACCCACCCACCACCACCACCACAAACACGUCCCCCACCCAGCCUCCAAAUUCCCAAUGAUGCUGGUCUAUUGUGGAUUCAGUUCUGAAAACGUUUAGCCUGGAUAUGCCCAAUUUAAGGAAAAUUGGUGCUGUGACUGGAAAUUGAACCAAUAUAGAGUUAAUAAUCACUUAUUGCACCCUUCAUUGUUUACACGUUUGAAGUUUUUAAAUGUAUUGAUCGAGCAUCCAAGUUCAGAAACCUGAUUUCCGAGCAAUGGUUUACGUAUCUGUCUGAUGUUAUAUGUGUCCCUAUUUAUAAUGCUACUGGAUACCUGAUAUUUAAUUGAAAGCAGAAAGCAAAAGUCUUUCUAGAUACAAUGGACUAAAGGUCAAUACGCUACUCUGUAGUUUAGAAAUUCCACAAUUAUCUCUCAAAUCAAUGUUGGUCAAUAUUUUGGUAGAAAUAUUUCUGAAUCCGUGAUGCAUCAUUGUCUGUUUUCUGUUUUUGCAUUUUUGUACAUUUCAAUCUAUUAAUGUCUUAAAAUAUAAAAUCCCCAGAUUUCUCUUUCACAACUAUUAGCUUCAUUCAACCCGUGACAGAAUCACCACAUGUAUUGGUGAUCCUAAAAAUAAUAAUAACCUUUGGUUAUACAUAAACAUGUGUUUGUGAAGGGGACAAGUUCUGGAGACAGAAAAAAACAUCCUUAAAGAAAGAUUGCCUGGGAAAUCAAUUUGUACUAGAAUAGUAGUUGUCACUCCACAAAACUCAACCUAUUCUACAACAGUAUUUUUUCUUUGUUUUCAAAAUAAUAUUAAAGCCAGGGUACAAAGUAAAAGUUGCGUUAUGAACCUCAGCGCAUGUAGAACAAUGUAAAAAUUGCAUUGCUCCUUAAUGAUGUUGAGAAAAUAUGAAGGCAAUCUUCCUUUGAAAUAUUGGUUGUGCACUUUAGUUAAAUCCUAUGCGUAUAUAUAGUUUUCUGUUUCCUGCUUAUAUUGUAUUUUACUUUUUUGUAUCAUAAACUGUUAUGAAACGUAAGUACAUUACUAGUGGUUAGUGCUAAGGAACUGGAGAUAUUUAAAAUAUCAACAACAGCUAGGUGAAACCAAUUGCUGUUGUAUUACCUAGAUCACUAAUGUUGACCAUGGAUGAUUACUUCUGUACUUAACCAGCUAGCAAACAAUGAGUAUGAUAUUGAUGUACAGAAAAGUUAUGACAACCCUGUAGCAUUUCCCGUUUGUUGCAAUUAGUAAACGUGUGCAUCAUGGCAAAUGUAUAUUGAACUAGGUACUAAGGUAAUGUCCAACUUGUAAAAACAAAUAAAAAUUUCAACAGUA